UAUUCUAGAAACCUUAGAUGAUGGCCUUACUUCAAUAGCGCGAGGCUUGUAUCGCAACUCUAUUGUAUUACACUAUCGCAUCUUUACCGAUAAACACACAUCACGCAUUACGACACAGACAGACAGAGGCACACCAUCUCACGAGACACCUCACGGCUGAACGCUCCGGAGCGGCACAGACGCAGAUUCAACCCUGAAAUAGCACCAAACAGGAUCCCGCGAACCAAAUGUCGGCACAAGCGACCGAGAAUACGGCUCACCCCACGCCUCCUCACACCGAGCCUCAUAGUGAAACUAGUGAAACCGAAGUUCCCAAACAGAGGCGCCAGGAGACGCAGGAGAGCGGCAGGCAGCCGGCAAAGCCCAAGACGGGGACGGAAGAGAAGAUCGAGAAGGAAACGCCGUCAUUGAGUGCGGACUCGGCCGCGCCAGAAGUUGACGGCGCGCAACAAGAUACCGGCAACCAUGUAGCGCGACGACCGAAGCGGCACAACGUGGCCAGGCGGGGGAAGGAUCAUGCAUCGGGACAGACCUAUCAGCCACAAGACGGGCAGCAGGUUGCGCCGCAGAAUCAACAGGUGCAGAGUAAGGGCAAAGGCGCCCCAUCGGUGCGGCUCGAUAUGAACCUGGACGUCGACAUCGAUUUGAAAGCAAAGAUCAAGGGCGAUAUCGAGUUGUCCAUAUUGGGUGGCAAGCAAGGCAGAAGAUGAAUGCAUAAUACUGCACACGCGUCACGGAAGACAUAAAUCUAAUGUAAUUAUGCAUCACUAGUGGAUUUGAUGCUGAACUGGCUACGGUUCAACCCGACUUUUCCAUCUCAGCGUGUUUGCUCACCGUUAUGUGAUGGUGGCUAGCCUCCCUCUUGAGAAGCAUCCACAGGUGGAAAGUUAAUGGGAAUCGAAGGCCCAAAGUUGGGCGACUUAAAGCCUGACAUGCUUGGAUGAUGCAAGCGAUGUAAACCAGGAUGGGAAUGAUCGUUGUCGUAGCGCUUCCAGCGAC